AUGAUUUCUCAAUUUGCAUACCUUCAAUACGAUGUUUCGAUGCUUAUCACAGCAGCAAGCAUCGUCUUUAUUCUGAGAUAUCUAUCCGCAGCUCUCUUUAGCCCUUUGCAUGAUGUCCAAGGUCCAACACUCGCGCGGUACACUCGUCUAUGGGAGGUGUACAAGAACUGGCAAGGCCAAUUGGAGCACGUUACAGUCGCUUUUCAUAAACAAUAUGGUUCCAUUGUCCGGCUAGCACCAAACCGUUAUAGCAUCAGCGACCCGACAGCAAUUCGUACCAUUUACGGUACAGGCUCGAAGUUCAGCAAAUCCGAUUAUUAUACUCCCUUUGGCGCGCCAUUGGACCACAAGGAUGUCUUCUCGGAAACAAGCAAUGAAAAGCAUGCAUCGGAACGCAGGAAGAUCUCCAAUAUGUACGCCAUGAGCUCUCUGGUGUCCUAUGAGCCAUUCGUGGACAAAGUAAAUGGCGUUUUCAUGGCCGCGCUGGCCGACCAUGCUCAGCACCGGAGGGCGUUUGAUUUGUUUACCUGGAUGCAGUUCUAUGCAUUUGAUGUCAUUGGUGAGAUUACCAUAGGUCGGUCAUUUGGUCUGCUCGAAGCUGGUCACGACAAGGAUGGACUUCUGCAUGCUGUUCAUGUCGGUUCGAUCAGCUACGGUUCCUCGGUAGGACUAAUCCCCGAGAUUCAUCAAUUAUAUCUCUGGUUCCAGAAAGUCGUACCGAUAAAUAGCCACUGGAAAAUUACGCAACGAGUUAUAUUGAAGGAGAUAAGUGCUAGAUUGCAGGGCGUCAGUACUACCGAUCGCAAGGACUUCCUAGCAAAGUGCAUCGAAUUGAGCAAAGCUGGAAAGUUAGAUCAGUCCACGAUCAAUAACGUUCUUGGUACAAACAUCGGCGCUGGGUCUGACACAACUGGAAUCAGCAUGUGCGCUGUCAUAUACUUCCUCAUGAAGCAUCCGAAUUGCUUGCAGAAGCUCCGUGAUGAAAUUGAGAUGGCUGAUAGGCAAGGAAAUCUCUCUAGCCCUGUUACUUUCCAAGAAGCUCAGAGGCUUCCAUACUUGCAAGCUACCAUUAAGGAAGCCUUGAGGCUGCAUGCGGCGGUUGACCAGAUUCUCAGCAGAGUGGUUCCUGAUGGUGGCGCACAGAUUGCUGGUAGACACUUCCCACAAGGUGCCGUGGUGGGCGUGAAUGCAUGGGUGAUCCAUAACGAUGAAAGCAUCUGGGGCAAAGAUGUGCACGAGUUUCGACCCGAGCGUUGGCUCGUUGAUAAAGAACAGCUUUCCUUCUUGGAGCAAAAUUACUUAGCAUUUGGUGCCGGUUCAAGAACAUGCAUCGGCAAGAAUAUCUCACUUCUUGAGAUGACAAAGCUUUUACCCCAGAUUGUGCGGCAGUUUGACUUUAUCCCUGCAGGCGACAGUCAGUGGACUACCAGUAGUGGCUGGUUUGUCAAGCAGAGUAUCCAAGUUAAAGUCAUUAACAGAGGACGUGAGAUCUAA